UUUUUUUUAUUUUUAGAAAUCAAAUGCAAUACAAGCAGUCGAUAGCCUGGGUUCAUUUUGAGCAGGAGACAAAUUCAUUAAAUGUUUCCUGCAAAAUUUGUAAUCAAGUGCUUAUAAGAGGUGAUAAAUCAACUAAAGGUUUAUGGAGUCAUUUAAUGCACAAACAUCAAAAUGAAUAUCUUUUAUUACGAAUUUCUCAAAGUGGAGUGCAAAAUCAGGUUGUUUCCAAUAUUCCAAAGCAGGAGCGAAACGACGAAUCAAUUAUUGAUGUGGUAGACAUUGAUGGGCCCAUUAACAACUCCUUAUCGCAAAGUACAUCCCAAAUUUCUAAAAAGAACCGCGAGAAAUAUUGUCACGACGGUUAUUCCUACAUUAGAGACGGCCAAAACGCCACAGGUGAAAAAAUGUUUUGGCGUUGUGACAGAAAUCGCUCUAUUGGUUGUAAGGGACGUGUUCACACUGCUGCUGAUGCUGAACGGACAUUUUUAAGUUUGGUCACUCCUCAUGAUGAAUACUGCAAUGGGGACAAUAUUUUAAUAAUUGGAGAUCACAAAGUUUAUUUUGUUUAA